AUGAAUGUUACUCGAUUUUUAACUAAAACUAUACCAUUACCUAAUUUUACCAAAAGUAGAUUAGUCAGAAGGAACAACAUGGCUGAACAGGAUAGAGCCAUAUUUUACUACUCGAAUUUGUUUUGUAUUGUCGUCACUGCUUUGCCAGUUGCCUAUCUAUUUAAGGCCAAUUACUGGAAUAGCAAGGACCAAAUGCAUAUGGAUCAUGUGCUAGGGCACCUGUCUACCGAAUUAACUGAGUUCUCGGACAAAAAGAUCAAAUACUAA